CCGGUGUUUUUCGCCCCCACGUAACCGCAGCAUGAUGAACGCCGCUGCCGGAGCGGUGGCCCGCAGGAUGCCGUCCGCGGGGCGGCGGAGCGGCUGCUGGAUCGCGUGGUGUCACGCGGUUCUGUUCGGCGUGUCGGCGCUGGUUAUCGUAGCCGAGCGGAGCGCGCUGAUCUACUGUAUAGGGUUCUACCUGUGGAACGAGGAGACGCAGUGGGCAGGCCUCACACUCGGGCUCUUCCUUCCGGGGACAGCGGUUCAGCUGCUGAGUGUGAAGUGGUACUAUGAUGAUGGUGACGACAGGCGAUGCUACCUCUCUGUCAUACACAUCCUACACCUGGGCAUCUUCAAAAGGUUGUGGGACUGCAUGAAGUCUGUUUUGCGCAGGCAGGGCUCUGUGGCUGAACUUGGGGUAGUUGUCAUGCAGCAGGCAGAUGUUGCUGCCCUUUGGGUUCUGGAGGCUCUUGUCCUUACUCUGCCUCAGAGCCUGCUGCAGGCAUACGUUGUAGUGUCCACUGACGUGGGUAUCACAUCGCCAGGCAUCAUGGGACAGUAUGACUCUUCCCACCUCUGUGCUGUGCAGCUUUCUUCUUGGUGCCACCUCCCUGGUCCUGUACUAUCGGUUCCUCCAUCCCAAAUCCACAGAGAUCUCCCAGGGAGCUAGCCGGCACCACAUGGGAAGCACCUGCAUAGAACAGGGCGAGUCCUCCUUCUCUCUUGGAGACAAAAGCUUGCCCCCUCCUUCCAGCCAAACCCACGGCAGCUUUUCCCUUUCGGGUGUGGCCGGCUCUCUGCUCGAGCAUCCAGGAAACUGUGAGGGCCGGUCCAACAGCUCCUGCCCCUGCUACCACCACCACUGGCUCCUGAUCCGCCUGGCGCUGAAAACGGGGGAUCUUGGUAAAAUCAACCGGGCGUACGGAGCUGGAGGAGCGGCGGCGAUCCUCGACAUGGACGACAACCACCAGGAGUUCAAAAGCAACGACGCCAUCACCAUCACGGCUGGGGGCAGCUGUGACGCCGUCUCCACCUCGGAGUCCCAGGGGAGGGGCCUGGCGCCCCUCUCAGACUGCAAGGACGAGUUCCAGAGCAUAAGUGAACCCACGUCGACCGAACACCCCGACGAAGAGGAGGAGAGUCUGGAGAUGGAGAGCCCGAUGGAGUCGCCUGCAUCGGACUUCAAACGCAGCUCACCUGAGGGCAAAUCCGUGUUCGGGGACAGUCCAGAGCCAUAUUUCUGCCCCACAGAGUCAAGCUCAACUUUAUACUUCAGCGCUGAUCCGCAGUCUCCCAGCAGUGCCAGUAACCCCCGCUUGGACAGCCUCGAACUCGGAGGUCGCCUCAACUCCAUCCCCAGUGACCCGGCGCUUCACAGGGACGUGCGUGGACUCAUGGGCCGCGUGGGGCAACGCUGCAUUUCCACUCCCAAAUUGGACUUGGGAGUGUCGGACUCCAGCGUCCCUCAUCUCACAGGGCCGAGGAGACAGCUCAUCAUGUCUCGAAGAGAUGAGGAGGAACUCUUCUAGACACAUCAGGGAGCAAAAUCGAGCACAGCCGUGUCAUCAUCUGCUCAGCGUUAUAGUACCAAACUUACACCUCAAAUACCAAUCAAAACUGCAUUUAGAAAAAUCUAAAUAUAUCCUUCCUAACGUAUUGCUUUAGUGCAGGGUCUGCAACCUUUCACAAUAAAACCCAAAAAGCCACAACGUCUCACUUAAUUGUUAAAAAAAUUAACAAUAUGUUAUCAUUUUUGUCAAUUAAACAUUAAAUGUAACUUGAAUAUUACAAUAAUUAAAUUAUAACAUUCUCUAUAUCUUUAUAUAUAUAUAUAUAAACAGUUGCAACUUAUUUUAUUUUUAACAACAGCACACACUAGUUCCUUUCAAAAUAAAACCCGCCCUGGGUCAUAAAGGUCUUUUACUUCAAUUAAAAAAUGCAAGAAACAUGAGGUUUUUAUCAUGAGGAUUUUGGUGUUCCGCCAUCAUUUUCUUCCCCUUUUCUGUCUCAUAUAAACACUAUUUUAGUAUUAGCUAUUUAUUAAAAAGUAAAAAGACAUUUAGCAUAAACAGAGCUUUUUAUUGUCAUUCUCUAAGAUUUUUUUUGAGGCACAAAACUUAAACUGCAAUUGUUCAAAACUUUAACCACUUUAGCGUAAUUUACCUAAAUAAAACAACGUUUGGUCACUUUAUUUGACUGACUAUAAAUUAAAAACACAAAUUUAAAGAACAUUUCUACAGAAUUAUUGACAGUAAAUUAAACUUUUUUGCUUAGUUGUUUGACAUGUUAAAAAUCUAAACAGAAAUGACAAAACCUAAAUAACUAAUCUAUUAUGUAUUCAUCCAUUAGCAUUUUACAUUGAAGCUUGAGGGCCCCAAUAAAGGGAUAAAAGAGCCACAUGUGGCUUUAGAGCAGGGAUGUCAAACUCAAUCGCACAAAGGGACAAAAUCCAAAACAAACAGGAUAAACAUUUAUUGAACACUCUAAAACAAAAUUUUUAAAACUUGAAAACUCUAACUUUUUAAUAUAAUUAUGAACUAGAUAUAUAGAAUUACCUGCGAUGCUAGUAUGAAUGCUGUAAACUGAAUUUGGCCGCUGAAGAAGCUACUGCUAAUAGCUAAGGAUGCUGAAAAUGAUAGCUAAAAACACUGAAACGCUAAAGCUAAUAGCCAGUUAAAAUAUUAGCUAAAUGCCGAAUUAGCCUUAAAAAAAACAGGUUAGCCAAAACAGCUAGCAUAUAGCUGGA